AUGCCUCCAGCGGACGAUUCCGAUGAUAUCGAGAGCCUCGCCGCACGACAUGGCAAGUACUUUGAGGACGUCUUGCCCUCUUCCGACAUGGAGUCCAUCGAAGUGAUGCUUGGCCUUGAUGACCCCGGCAGCGGGCCCUACUCCUCCCUAUCAUCCCCACCGUCAUCCGGCUCGGGCUCGGGCUCGGGCUCGGGCUCAGGCCCGUCCACCUCCAUAUCGAACCUCGGCCUCAAGCCCCAGUUCAACCUCGACUCCGCCGAGAAGCUGCUGCAGACCUUCCGCAUCAUGCUGAAGCACUUCCCCUGCGUGGCGCUCCCGCCCGACGCCACCGUCAUGUCUUUAUCUAAGACGAAGCCGUUUCUGCUUCUUGCCAUUCUAUCAACGGCUUCCGGAUCUAGUGCAUUACAGGGACAUACACUCUACGACGAAGAGUUUCGCAAGGUUCUGGGCCUCAAGUUUGUGGCUGGUGGCGAGCGGACCCUGGAGCUACUUCAAGGCCUGCUCAUUUACACUGCGUGGUACCCCUUCCACCUCCGCCCCAAGAGCAGACAAGCAUUCCACUACGUCCGUAUGGCAGCCGAGAUUCUCCACGAUCUCGAAUUGGACCACCCGCCUUACCAAGGCGUGGGUAUAUCCGCCCCGCUGUCACCGGGCCAGAUGGAAGGGAUCCGCGCCUAUCUUUCGUGCUACUACCUAGUUACAGCGCACGUGCUGCCCUUCCUGCAGUACCUCCGCAAGACGACUCUGACCGAUUCCAGGUUCGCCAUGGCAUGGGCCAGAAUGUCACAGGUGGCUCUCUCGUACACUUCCUGGACCGCCACGUGCUGCGAUCUCCUCGAGCGUGGCUCCGCCCUCAAGGGGGAUCACACACUCGCGUGGCUUGCGAGGCUUCUGCACAUCACCGAGGAGGCGUCCGAGACAACGAAGAACAUCCCGAGAACGGAGCAGGCGAAGCAGCAGGCUCACUUCAUGUUGCUCGGGCUUGAGAGCCAGUUGAGGGAUUGGCAGAGCCAGAUACCUAGCAGUCUAGGUGACGUCAACUCCAUCAAAAUUGCCAUUUUGUUCACCGAAAUCUUUCUCCUCGCCGGUCCCGUCUACCGACUCACCUCUGUAUCGAAAGUGGGAGAUCCCUCCCUCGGCCCGCCUAUCCCCGCUCCGCGCCUUGAGCGGUGCCUGACGCUCCUCCGCAGCCUCUUCGACUUCAUCGUCAACCUCGACAAGGCCGCCCUCGUCGAGAUGAGCUCCAUCGACUGGGGCCGCUUCAUCCAGGCCACCAUUGUCGCCAUCCGCCUGUCCUUCCCGCUGCCGCUAUGCCCCGAGUGGGACCACGCGCGGGCCCGAGAGCAGCUGCAGUUCGACUCGUACCUCGCCAAGCUCUCCACGCACCACGAGGAGCUGACGCCGUCGACCAAGAGCAUGGACGUGCUGUCGGCGAGCAAGCUCGUGUUCGCGGUCAUCAAGCGCAAGUACGAGGGUCGCGUGGCUAACAUCGAUACGCCGGUGAACAAGCUGCCGAGAAGUAUGCGCGGCUGCCCUAUGUUCGAUGGGAGUCUGGACGCGUACUUCCCCAUAUGGGACCAGGAUGCCCACCAGAACGGCACGCACGGGUUGGUCCCGCCUAUGCCUGACGGGACUCUGACGAUGGCCAACGGCCAACCCGUCUACGCCGACCUGUGGGCUACGAUGACCAUGGGCUGGUCGGACGGGGUGAGCGACGAUCCGAAUCAAGGUCUCGAUCUGACCCAGGGGCAACAUCCGACGUUGCACUUGGAUCCCUCAUUCCAAGAAACCAUGCAUUUGGGCCCGUCCCCCACCGGUACUGGAUGA